GAAAAAGGAAAAAUACUUAAACUCAAAAGUACCACUCGCAAUGAUAGCGCGUACAACUUGAAUAUUCCACUGUCCCACGCCGGUCUCUCAAAUCCCUAAUUUCUGAAAUCACCAAAACCCUAAAAAUUCAAUUUCCCAAAUUCGAAGAUUCUACUUCACCGGAGUUUCGCCGGAGAUGGCGAUUCUUGAACCGGAGAAACGAAAAGAGUCACAAUCACAAAGCCCCGAGUCGUCGGAAAAUCCUUCACAUUCCGAUCCGCAGAAGAAAACUAGGGAUUUGCCGAACUUAACAGAAUGUCAUGCUUGUGGCUUCAAGAUUGAUGUUUGCACCGCAUGUUGAAAUUUCGAGAAGAAGAACAAUAAGAAGUUUAAGAAAAGUGAAGAGUGGGGUGAUUGUGAAAAAGGGCCGGGUUGAUUUAGUGAAAGAGAGUUCUAGGGUUUUGAAAGGUGGAAAUUUGACGAGGUCUAUGGAGGAUGUGGUUAAAGAUGCCAAACAGAAGGCGAAGAAGAAGGUUGAGGCGGCUGCUAUGGCCAGACGCGUGGCAUCAAAGAAAGCUGUGGCGGCUAGAAGGGCUGUUGAGUUGGCAAACAAAACCUUGAAUAUAGCGGCAAACAGGGAAGAGGGCACUCUGAAUCUGCCUUCCAAAAUGGAUCCUGUUAAAGUUGUUGGCUGUUCAUGCUUGGCUUUUGACUUGUGUUUGAAUAACUCGCCGAUGAUUUCAAAGAGUCGCUGCUUGUUGGAUACAAAUAACUUGGAUGCUCCGAAGAGGUGGACUUUUAGUGUUGAUUCAUCAGGCAAGACAUCAAACUCGAGGAGUGCCAGUGGUUCAUUACGAUCCUUGGAUAGCGACUCUUCAACUGAUCUAAGUUGUCCAUGCAUAGGAAGGUGUGACAUGAUAACUAGCCCAAAAGAUGGUGAAUGCACUGCUGAAUUGAAGGAAGGGGAGGGAAGUUGUUCUGAUCGGCUGAUAAACUUCAGUGGAGAAAAUUCUGCAUUGCAUGGGGAAGAGCGGUCAGAUCGUUAUUUCUUCAAGUAUGUUAGGAGGAAGUCUGAUCGUUAUUUUUUCAAGUACAGUAGGAGGAGGUCAGAUCGUUAUUUCUUCAAGUAUAGUAGGAGGAAGUCAGAUCGUUAUUUCUUGAAGUAUAGUAGGAGCAAUUAUUCAAAACCAAAUCUCGAUAGUUAGCUUUGAGAGUCAGCAUUUGACUGUUUGGAUUCCACUCAAUUGAGAACAAUAUCCAAUGCUUCAUGUUAGUCAUGUGAUGCUUCUUUAUGUUAAUCAGCUCGUCAAAGUUGUUAUUUCAGAGAGCUGUUGUAAAAUGGAAUUGGUACAUAUAGUUUUCUCUUGUAAUUGUCCGGAGUUAAAAUUUGAAGCUGUUGUUAUCCAUAUUGUUUGUUUUUAUUUCUAA